GUCACGCCGUAUUUUAUUCGAUUUGGUGCUUCUUUGGCCCGUUUAGUUGAGAGGAGCUGAGCUGAAAAGCCCUGAAUCUUUUGGGUUUUACUUUCUGUACCCCUCCAAACAACUCCAACGAAUUAAAAACUAUGGGUUUGCAGGAUUUGUAAGCUAUGGGAUCUGCUUACUCUAAGACGAAGCCGUUUGAUAAAAAAUCACAUAGCGGUUAUGAAGUGAAGGCGAAAAAGGCAAGCAAAAGAGACGAACAAGUGACAAGCGUGAAAUCGGAAGAGAGUAAGGCCACUGAAUGUGCCACGGGGAACUCUGUUUGCGAAAGAAAGGAUAGUAAACAGUUUUGGAUCUCUCAUUUGAAGUUUAAACGAAACAGUAGCCUCGAUUUUAACAACACUGGCUCUUGUUCAAAACAGGAGUCGAAUUCGGAUUUUAAGACAGACAAAAAACAAAUAGGGAAUCAUUAUACUUCGACCUCGGUUAGCAGUGGUUCAAAUUUACAAAAGUCAAAGAUAGAAUUAGAGAAACCAAAUGCGAGAUGUAAUAACGAAGGGGGGAAAGAUUUUACUGGAAAAGAUCUGUCAAAAGAUGGCGAAAAUUCAUCAAGUAUUGAACCAAAUUCCCCUGUUGCUAGCAACACAAAGGAUCAGUUCCAGUCAGUAAACACACAAGAGUUGUAUAAUUAUUUAAACGAUGGUGCAUUAUCACCAUGUAUAUGUGACACAUCCUACAUGCUUCUAAUAGAUACUAGGGGCAGAGAAUUAUACGAGAAAUGUCACAUCCUACUCGCCCGAUCUUCUAAGACAUUGUUCACAGAACUUCAAUCAUACUCAUUGUAUGGAAUUACGACAGGUAUAAACCUUGAGAAUGCUCUAAAUGGCUUUGCAUUUGUUAUAGUUUAUGGCAACUAUGUUGGCAAUAACAAUCUCCAAGAAUCAAAGGAAUAUAAGUUGAUACGUGAAUUGGAAAGUUAUGGUGUGGAACCUUAUCUUUUAGCUGCAGGAUUUGAAGCUUUCUAUACGGAGUUUCCUUUUUUAUGCACUGACAAACAGUUCUAUCAACUAGAAGACUACAAGAGGAUACAAAUAUACCCAUCAAUAAUUCUGCCAAAGCAACUUUACCUAGGAAAAGGUGAUCAAGCAACCAACAAGAAAAUAAUGGAAGACUUGAAAAUUACUCACAUCGUGAACAUAACGCAAGAACACAAGAGUGCAUUUCCAGAAAGCAUUGAGUAUCUAACUUUGCAACUAGAUGAUGUCCCUCAAACUCAGCUGAUAAACUUCUUUGAGAAGACGACUAAGUUUCUAAGUGACGCUAUUGACGGUGGUGGUUGUGUGAUGGUGCAUUGUAAUAUGGGUGUGAGUAGAAGCUCUUCAGUAACACUUGCAUAUCUCAUCAAGUCUAAAAGGUGGACCUUGGGAGAUGCAUAUAGUUUUAUCAAGGAACGCCGUUCCUGCGUCCGUCCAAACCGGGGUUUCCUAAAGCAGCUUGCAACUUGGGAGGAAAUGAUUCUUGGGAAGAGGUUCACAGAUCCGGAUGACUUGUGGUUUUGAUAUACCUACAGUGAACUUUUUCCAGGGGGGGACUCUAAUAAAAACAGACGGGGGGAUCUUUUGCUUGUUACAAAUACCCUUAAUUAAUAGUGUAUUUGUUAGGAUGACGUAAUACCAGCUGACAGAUUCUCAAAAUUUUGCAAAGAUAAGUUCCUGGACUACAUCAAUAUAUUGUGAUUCUUGCCAAUGACUUUCAGCUUAUAAACAGCUUUCUGGCGUCGGCCAAAUACAUUUUUGAAGAAUUUAAAAUUUAUUAGUGGUAGGAACAACAUAAUGUGUUCUUUGAGACUCUGCAGUAAGUUGGCUUGAUUGAGGGGCCUAAUGUUCUCCAAUAGGGUUCUGGAUUCCGGAUACUUCUGGAUUCUGGAUUACAGAUUCCAUCUGUUUUUUUCCUGUGGAUUCCAGAUUCCAUUUUUGUUUUCCAAGAUAUGAAUCAACACAAGGUUGAAAAGGUAUUUUUAAUGCCUCUGUGAAACAGAGUGGUUGCGCUGGCGUUUCGAGCAUUAGCCCUUUGUCCGAGCAAAAGAAACUGAAUAGGAUGGGUGAGUGGUAUUUAUGGUGUAGUGUGCGAACUUGGCUAUAGAGCCCCCCUAGGUAUAAACGAAAAACUGUCCUUUGCAAAGAUAAUAACAAUUUCUUUAGCGUGUCCCACUCUAAUUGCCUAUUGUUCCUUUGUCAGACCAUGGGCGUGCCACCAGCUUACUGCCUAUUGUUCCCACACUACACUAUAAAUACCACUUGGAUUCCGGAUCUAGUGUGUGGAUUCCGUAUGCUAGUAACAUGGAUUUUGAAUUCCAAGUCCCAUUUUUUCAUGGAUUCCAGAUUACCUUGUUGGCCAAUGAAAACUCUGCCUCAGACACAUUGUCAUAAAAGUUAAGGAACAAAUUUGAGAAAGCAUCCAUUUUUAUUGGCUGAUUUGGGGGAGAUUUUGCUAUAUUUUUAUUGCAUUCAUAAAAUAUAGCAUAAUAUUGUAUUUUUAGGUGUUUUCUUCUAGUAUUCUUCUCAUAAUUUGUCUUUCAGUAUUGGUUAAAAACAAUAACAAAGGUGAGGCUGAAAAGGCCUCUUUAAAUAAUGAAGCCAAAGUGGAGAUCAGCAUUCGAAAAUUUUCGGUGCAUGUUCAUAUUAAGCAGAUGCCUGCAAAAAAAAACUUUUUACAAGAGCAUUAUCUGACAGAAAAUGUAUUUAUUUUUCAAUGAGAAUUAAUGAGCAUUUUCAAAGCUUCACAAUUGUAAUUUAAGUUAUAUUUAUAUAUUUUUAACGUUUUGCAAUAUGACACUAUGAUGCUAUACAGUAUUUUUGUAUAUUCAAUUAUUAAAAAAACAUCUUACUCCA